AUGGCAAAGGAAGAUACAGAGGUUAUUGAGAAUCCCGAAAACCCCACCGAGGUGGUGACAGAGUCACUCGGAGAAAAACCUGCAGAUGAGGACGCUAAGGUAGCAUCCUCGGAGAAGAAGAAAAAGAAGAAGAAGAAGAAGUCUAAUAUUAAGAACAUCGCAUUGCUUUAUCCGGACGAGAAAUAUCCAGAAGGCCAAUGGAUGGAUUACCAUCAAGACUUCAACCUUGCACGUACCACUGAUGAGGAGAAGAGGUAUUUGGCGCGUGACAAGGACCAUGAACAGAGAUGGAAUGACAUGAGAAAAGGUGCCGAAAUCCAUCGGCGCGUUCGGAAAAACCUGCAAAACAAGCUCAAGCCUGACAUGACACUCACGGACGUGGUGAAUACAGUUGAGGAUGCGACACGUAAGUUUACAGGUCAGGACGCCAACGGAGAUCAUGUAAAGCUACCAAAGUCACAGGGUAUCGGUUUCCCCACAGGUGUAUCACUCAAUCACUGCGCAGCGCAUUACACGCCUAACGCAGGUGACAAGAUGGUGUUGCGUUACGAGGAUGUCAUGAAGGUCGAUAUCGGUGUUCAGGUCAACGGAUACAUCGUGGAUUGCGCGUGGACCGUAGCAUUUGAUCACAAGUACGACAACCUGCUCGAGGCUGUACGCGAAGCUACCUACACCGGUAUACGGGAGGCCGGUAUUGACGUUCGUCUUACCGAUAUUGGUGAGGCCAUUCAGGAGGUCAUGGAGUCAUAUGAGGUCGAGCUCAACGGUACCACGUACCAGGUCAAGCCCUGCCGUAACUUAUGUGGCCACAACAUCGCACCUUACCGAAUUCACGGAGGUAAGUCUGUGCCUAUUGUGAAGAACGGCGAUACCACCAAAAUGGAGGAAGGCGAACAUUUUGCCAUUGAGACUUUCGGUACUACCGGUCGGGGCUUUGUGGUUCCCGGUGGUGAGUGUUCCCACUACGCCAAGAACGAUGGCCCAUUACCAACUCCUAAUUUGUCACGCGCAAAGGCUCUACUAAAGACCAUCGAUGAAAAUUUUGGCACCCUACCGUUCUGCCGUCGUUAUCUCGACAGACUAGGUGAAGACAAGUACUUAUUUGCAUUGAACAAUCUCGUGAAGCAGGGCAUCGUGCAGGAUUAUCCACCAUUGAACGACGUGGUCGGCUCCUACACUGCGCAGUUUGAACACACUAUUCUUUUGCACCCACACAAGAAGGAAGUCGUCUCAAAGGGUGAUGACUACUAA